AUGGAUGACAUUAUUAUCACUGGAAGCUCAGAUGAGUUCAUUAGUGAUAUAAUUUCUGGCCUUGCAAAAGAGUUUGCUAUGAAAGAUCUUGGACCAUUACACUUCUUCUUAGGAAUUGAAGUACAUUAUUUCAAAGGAGGGAUCCAUCUGAGUCAAGGGAAGUAUGUUGCAGAAUUGCUGAAGAAGACUAAUAUGGCACUUGCAAAACCAGUUGGCAGACCUUUGGCACAAAAACAUGGUCUACAACUAGCAACAGGAAACACAGCUGAUGCACCAUUGUAUAUGAGUGUUGUAGGAAGUCUCCAAUAUCUGUGUCUAACUAGGCCUGAUAUAUCACAUGCAGUUAAUCUAGCUGUAAAGAGGAUUCUUAGAUAUGUGAGAGGGACAUCAAACUAUGGUCUGAGGUUGCUAGCUAGAUCACCACUUACAUUGUAUGGAUUCUCAGAUGCAGAUUGGGGAGGUUGUGCAAUAACAAGGAAGUCAACUACAGGUUACUCAAUAUAUCUAAGUGCAAAUUGCAUCUCUUGGGCCUCUAGAAAGCAGCAUACAGUGUCAAGGUCCAGUGCUGAAGCAGAAUAUAGAGCACUGGCCUCAAUAGCAACUGAAAUGACUUGGAUAAUAUACAUUCUUAAUGAUAUAGGAGUGUACUUGAAAUCAGCACCAACACUAUUUUGUGACAACAUCAGUGCAUUAUACAUGAGAGUAAAUCCAGUUUUACAUGCUAGAACUAAACAUGUGGAAAUGGAUUAUCACUUUGUAAGGGAGAAGGUAGCUAGAGGACAGCUUGUGACACACUUUGUGAGAACUAAAGAUCAACUGGCAGAUAUUCACACUAAGGCAUUGACAAAGCAGGAGUUCACAAGAUUCAGAAGCAAGCUAGGAGUGUGCAUACCACCACCUCACAAGCUUGAGGGGAAGUGUUGUGAGAUAGAAGACUCAUGCAUGGAUAUGAAGUCUUCCAUCUAUGAGAUAACCUAG